GUCACAGGCUGAUUGCUUACCGAUCAGUGUCACGCUGAGUAUUGCUAAUGGAUUAGAUUUCCCGCCAAUGAAAGUGUGGCUGGUUGUAACUCUCCUCAGCUUACUCACUUUCCAGCAUUUGUAUCAUCCGUGACCUCCGGCUUUCUCAGCCAACUCACCUUUCCUUCCUCCUUUUAACUCGAACAAUUUGACGCUGGCGGAGGACCCGUAUCCUUCACCUACUACUUCAGUCAUAUCAUCUCCUUGCCCUCGUCCCCCCUCGUGUCUGCUUCGAAUAGCAAGUCUUAGAGCGGACCAUUAAUCCUUAUAUUACAAGGAUGUCCGAUUCAGACUCUACCCUAUCCCCCGAACCUCAGCGCACUAUUAAAAUAAUCUUCAUCUCGGAUUAUCUCUGCGCCUUUUGUUACAUCGGGAACAAGUCGCUCAAAGACGCUAUUGCCGGAUGUCGUGACUUGGAUGUACAUUUCGACGUGGAAUUUCGGCCAUUUACCCUCCUCUGCUCCUCAUCCGUACCAGAGGUUCCCAAAGUGAAAGGUGAAAAAGUGCUCAAUCGCCGGGAUUACCUCAUUCGGAAGUUUGGCAAAGAGCAAGCGGAAAGCAAGUGGAAAGUGGUCGAGGAAUUGGCACAGAAAGCUGGCUUACCGCUUGCGGAAGACGGAAUUGUGGCCCGGUCUAAUCUCGCCCACAGGCUGUCUGUGAAAGCAUAUAAAGUUGGCGGGCAAGCCAUGCAAGGCCGCCUAAACGAUAUAUUAUUUGCCGCCAUUUUUGCCGAUUGCCAGGACGUUAGUGACGUUGAUUUUCUUGCUGAUGCAGCAGAGAAAGUUGGGUUGAUGAACAAGAAAGAGGCUACUGCAUUCUUGCAAGAUACCGAUUGCAAGAACUGCGUAAAUCAAAUGAUCGAAGCUGCUCGGGCGAGCGGUGUGAAUGGAGUACCCUCCAUCAUUAUUGAUGGAAAAUGGGCUUUGAAUGGCGUACAGUCCACAGAGUGUUACCUUCAGGUGAGCAAGGCUUGUUUAUUCUAGCUAUCCGUAUAUAGCCUACUAUUAAAUUCGUCUGGGUGCGGUAUCGCUGAUUUUUAUUGCAUGCAGAUCUUGCGGAAAAUUGCACA